AGACGUCGCACUAAAACACUAGAAGCACUCACCACCGAAAGCCGCUAUGCCAAAGAACAAGGGAAAAGGAGGCAAGAACAGGAGAAGGGGCAAGAACGAGAACGAUAACGAGAAGCGCGAACUCACCUUCAAGGAAGACGGCCAAGAAUACGCCCAGGUAAUAAAGAUGCUGGGCAACGGCCGCCUCGAAGCCCAGUGCUUCGAUGGCGCCCGCCGCCUCGCCCACAUCCGCGGCAAGCUGCGCAAGAAAGUGUGGAUCAACCAGGGCGACAUCAUCCUGCUGUCGCUGCGCGACUACCAAGAUGAGAAGGGCGACGUCAUCCUCAAGUACACGGCCGACGAGGCGCGCUCGCUCAAGGCGUACGGCGAGCUGCCCGAGAACGCCAAGAUCAACGAGACGGACACGUACGGCGACCAGGGCGACGAGGGUAUCGGCUUCGAGUUUGACGAGGACCGGGACGACAGCGACUCGGGCGACGGCAAGGAGAUUGAUGUCGAUGAUAUUUGAAGCGGCGGCUGGAGGGCCUUUCUUUGGGUGGGCGGACGGGCGUCUGGCUUGCGCGUUGCUACUGCUACCUAGCUUACAUUAUGAAUGAUGGGAGAUGAGCGCUGCUAACGGCGUGAGUGAGCUGAGCCGCUUCGGGCUGCCUUCGGUGCUGAGACUUGUGCACCACGCAAAGAGGCAGGCUUGGGGGUGCACGCUACAUCUGUGUGCUAGAGGGUAGAAUGCUGGAGACGCUCCGGGGGGUGGGUUAUCGAUACUUCAAAAAAAGCAUUCAAAGACCUGGGUAUUUGUAACUGUUGGUUCAUUCAUCGAAGUCGUGACCAAUACACAUGCUAUGAACUUUUCCAAUGCAAGAACGCUGAAUGAAGGAGGGGCUUCUGUGAAUGGA